GCCGCUGCUCUCAGUGGCUGCCGGGAGCGGCGGCGGGAGGUCUGGUGCUGGAGGGGCUCCUCAUGGACGGCGGGGAGGGCGCCGGCGCCGCGGAGGACGGCGACGGCUACGAGAGCCUGCCGCCCAGCGCUUCCCUCUCCACCCACAUGACGGCCGGGGCGGUGGCCGGCAUCCUGGAGCACACCGUCAUGUACCCGGUGGACUCCGUCAAGACCCGGAUGCAGAGUUUGCAACCUGAUCCCAAAGCCCAGUACAGGAGCGUGUUUGAGGCCUUGAGGAAGAUUGUCCAAACGGAAGGCAUCUGGCGGCCUUUACGCGGGAUCAACGUGACUGUUGUUGGAGCGGGCCCGGCUCACGCUCUAUACUUUGCCUGCUAUGAAAAAAUGAAACGCACUUUAAGUGACAUUAUUCACCAUGGAGGGAACAGCCACCUGGCCAACGGAAUGGCUGGGAGCAUGGCUACCCUACUCCAUGACGGUGUCAUGAAUCCUGCUGAAGUGGUGAAGCAGCGCAUGCAGAUGUACAAUUCUCCAUACAAGACUGUCUUAGAGUGCAUCAGGACAGUGCACCGGACUGAGGGCUUGGGCGCCUUUUACCGUAGCUAUACCACACAGCUCACCAUGAACAUCCCCUUCCAGGCCAUUCACUUUAUCACCUAUGAGUUCAUGCAGGAGCAGAUCAACCCCCGGCGACAGUACAACCCUCUCACGCAUAUUGUUUCAGGGGCUGUGGCAGGUGCUGUGGCGGCGGCAGCCACAACUCCACUGGACGUUUGCAAAACUCUCCUCAACACCCAAGAGAACAUGGUUUUGAGUUCUGUAAACAUUAGCGGGCAUCUGUCUGGAAUGGCUAAUGCCUUUAGGACAGUGUACCAACUGGGGGGUAUUGCGGGGUAUUUUAAGGGAGUCCAGGCACGCGUGAUAUACCAGAUGCCUUCAACUGCCAUCGCCUGGUCUGUUUAUGAAUUCUUCAAGUAUGUGCUUACAAAGCGUGAGUUGGGGAAAGGAAGUCCAUACUGAUGGAUCUGGCACUGCAAUCCAGAAUCUCCUGAGACAGUCACAUCUCUGUGUCUUCAUGCUCUCACCAGGCUCCUUGAAAAGGGUUCUGGUUGGAUUCACAAUUGAGUUCUGGGAUGUGUGUAUGUAUGUGUGGUGUGUAAUUUGAAAUUCUGGAGGAAUUCUGUUCUCUCCCCACCCCUGCUUUUUGCAAAACCAAAUUUUAAAAGAAGCAUUCUUAAAACAAGUAUUUAUAGUCUUUCCCUCCCCGCUUGUGGAUUUGAGAACUGUGGUAAACAUUUAUGCUUGUUUCUUCCAGAGAAUGCUUUGGGCAUGACCCAGAGGAAAAGUGGGAGCUGGGCUUUUCCUGCUUAAAAUAGAAAGGUGAACCCUUUUAGCAAAACUAAGUUUUAUAUUGAGAAAGGUGAUAUACAUGGAUAAUGUUUAUCUUUUAUUUUUCUAUAUUGUGAAUUGGAUUGUUUUAAUAGACUCAAAACUGUGUGAGUGAGUGAAUGAAUGAAAAGGAUUUUUUAACAAAAUGGUGAAAAGCACUAUUUGCUGCCUCCUUGCCUCUUGGAGUGGCUUUAAUCUUACCUUUCCCCAGCUUCAUAGUGGUAGAGAAGCUGGUGUGUGUUUUUCUCUUUCUCAUACCCUCCCAUGCUUUGUAGCUCUUAGAAUAUCCAGCUUGAAGACAACUUGAAAUGACUUAAGACAUUGACUUAUUGAGGUUCUACCUUAACUUGUGAGUCUUCCCUUUAUUGUGUCAGAAUCAGUGGUCACUUCUGGUAAUAUUAACCGGUUUUCACCACUGCCAAGUAGCUUAAGACUCAUCUUUUAGCAAACACUUUAAGGUAUCUAAUGGUACUUAACCUCUGCCUCCAACUGCAUCUCAGUUCCUGGGUAGAUUUUUAAUUUCUUCCUACUUCUCACUGAGUUUCCAGUCUGUUUUUCCUCCUGCCUAUCCCCUCCCUUGCCAGGCUUGCAGGUAUGUGCAAACAUUUUGCACUAGCGUGUGUAAGUUAAUGCUUGCAAGUGUGUGCAGGAGUGGAGCACCAAGUUUACAUUCCCAUAAGGCAGGGGCGGGCCACUGUGAUCCUUCUGAUGUUUCUGGUCUGCAGGUCCAGUGGUGAGGGGUUAUGCCCUGCCUGUGGGUACUUUAAAAACCUCUGGAAGGUCAUAGUUGCCCACCCUUGCCAUAGGAGAACUCUUAGAGUUAAAAGAAGAAAAAAGACUGACAUGGAAAUGCAGCUGUUUGUUGCAUUGCAGCACUAAAGCCUUGGAACCGAAAAGCCUUAGCGAAGGAGAAUGUAAAGUCAAACUUUGCUCCAAAGCCAAAAAACAACAACAAAAACCCACCCUGUGUGUAUCUGCGUGCAUGUACACUUUCUUGCAGUUGUUUGACCUGCACAAAUGAAAGAGUGUGGAAUUGUUUUAGCGUUAUAGGAGUGUCAUGUGUGCUGCUAUGAAACUUUGCAGCUUUUGUAUUUUUGUCCAGAAAUGUUUUGUACAUUGAAUGUGCGUAUUGGGGGUCAGUGAUGCUUUCCCACUGGUUAUGCUGUUUGAGGCUGAUGGGAGUUGUAGGGCAAAUCAUCUGGAGAAUCAAAAGUUCCCCAUUUCUAUUUUAUAAAUUUUUUGCAAAUUUGGAAUUUCAGUUGGAUGUGUUCCCUUGGUCCCAUUGUAUUUGCUAUGUCACCUCUUCUGAAAAACUUGACAUUUGAAAACAAGAGCGUUAAAAGGAAGAAAACAGCUUUGUGACAAACAAUGUAUGGGGGGGGGGACCCAGAAAGGACUGUUUUUUCCAGAAAUGUCUGUUUGGGUCACUAUACUUUGUAAACUUGUGAGUAAUUGGUUUAAGAAGGGAGCCUGUGGCUAUUUCUUAAUAGUCCUAAUGCACUUGGCACGACUGGUCUCGAGUGCAUGUAGCUAGUUGCCUUAAUUACGAUUUUCAGAGCAAAUGUUUAACUCGAUGCAAUAACUGUGACCCUCCAGUUUUUGUUGAACUCCAGUUCCCAUCAGCCCUAGCCAACCCAUGGUGAGGCAAUGCAAGAUUAUCUCAGCAGUGAGGUGUGAUGGGACUAAUAGUUCAUCAGCACUUAGAGUCUCAAAGGCUCCCCAUCCUUUGGAUUAGAAAUUGUGACAUUAAUAACUUAAGGUUCUUCCAGGCCUCUACUUUUCUGCCACUGGGAAAUGAAAUGGGAAGGACCUCCAGGAAGUAGUAUUUGGAUUAGUUUUGAUGGUUGAGGCUGCUCUGGCUGGUUCAUGACAUCACUACUUCACUACAUUUGCCUUAUUUCCUCCCCUUAUUCUCUUGUUAUGUCCAGUUCUGGGCGCCACAAUUCAAAAAGGACACUGAGAAACUGGAGCGUGUCCAAAGGAGGGUGACUAAAAUGGUGAAAGGUCUGGAAACCAUGCCCUAUGAGGAACGCCUUAGGGA